UUAACAUUGGGAAAGACCCAAAAACGCACUGUCUCUGGACAACACAUUACAAUCGUUAUUACUUUAUGGUGGCAGCAUCUUUUAAGGUCUAAUUUCAAGAAAGAAAAAAACGAAUUCAUUUCAGUUAUACUUUAAACAUUAUUUUUUAUGAAUCUUGCAAAUUUCUCAUACUUUUCGGGCAUGUGUAACAUGACGGCUGAGACCCAGCAUUCGCCAGCCGAGGCGGCCAGCCCGGUGGUCAUGUCGCCUAACGUGAGUUUGGAUUCCCCAUUACCGCCUCCGCCUCUGAUGCUGCAGGCCCGGAUCAAAGACGGGGUUCUGAUUAAGUCUGAGCCCCAGGGAACUAGUCCGAACAUAGACCGAGAGGAUGGAGCUGCUUCGGGUCAAACGGAGGAGCACCUACCAACAGGGAGUAGACGCAGGAAAAGGCCUGUUCAGAGAGGGAAACCACCAUACAGUUACAUCGCUCUCAUAGCCAUGGCAAUUGCGAACUCUCCGGAGAGAAAGCUCACCCUUGGUGGUAUUUAUAAAUUUAUCAUGGAACGUUUUCCCUUUUAUCGAGAGAACUCCAAGAAGUGGCAAAACUCUAUACGCCACAACUUGACCCUCAACGACUGCUUUGUCAAGAUUCCUCGGGAACCUGGAAGGCCGGGUAAGGGCAACUAUUGGACUCUAGACCCUGCUGCUGAAGACAUGUUCGACAACGGCAGUUUCCUGAGGAGGAGGAAAAGAUUCAAGCGCACUGACGUAAGCACAUAUCCUGGUUACAUGCAAAGCUCUAGUGCAUUCACUCCCACACCUAUGGGCAGACCCGCAUACCCUAACACCAUAUACCCAGGAAUAGGAUCGGGCUACGGCCCACAGCUGGCCGGGUCCCCCCACCCGGCGAUGCUGCAUCAUUAUCAGACUUCUGCCGGAGUGAGUCAAGGACAACCAAGGAUGUUCAGCAUCGACAACAUCAUUAACCAGCAGUCUGUGAUGCAGGGAGGAGAGAUCAACCCACAAGCUCUUGGGCUAGGCGCUGGAGACCUGGGCAACAUGUCUUCUAACUGCUCCCUUACUGGCAAUGACCCCUCGAACUGCUUCCAGACGCAGACUGUAAAUUCCUCUGGGAAUACGCUGAGCAGAGGUGGUGGGGGACUCUCCUCAAACUUGGCACCUGGAUAUCCUUACUCUUCCUCGGCCUCCCCGCCCCACCUGCCUUCCAUGACACAGUCCAGUUUCUCUCCCGGCAGCGCUCAGGUGUACUGCACCGGGAACCGGCUGUCUCUACCCGCCGUGCGUUCCGGUUCUUGCGCAGAACACACAGAGCAACUAUUGGGUCUCUCCAACCCAAUGAACUCCUACAACAACUCUUACAUGAGACAAGCCAACUUUGCGUCAGGACUAGAUAGGUAUAUGUGACAAACUGUUCCUUAGAGACAAACAACGUAGAGCCUCAAACACAUUCCAUUUUUAAUGUGUGAAACUGCUUCUUUGAUUGAAAUACAAAUCUACAUUCCAUGACAGUUGUACAUGUGCAGUUGGUUAAUGUGUCUUGUGGUCUACCUGCAUCUUGUUAGUGAAAAUUCCAGUUAUUGAAGUUUACAUGUCACUGUCAUCUGUUAAAAAGUACAGUUCUCAAACAAUAUAAUUAGCCAUAUAUACUGUACAUGAUACUUAUAUUUUGUGAUAUGUAAAUAU